AUGGAUUUGAAAAUUCUUUUUAUUUUGAGUUUGACUUUAGUCACCAUCGCGCAAUGCAAAUUGGUACGGUUGUCGUGUAAACACAUACGUACUCUGGUGGAUGGCCACAAUUCCCGACGUCUCCAAAUAGCCAAAGGGUCGAUUCUAAAUCAACCCGCUGCUGCAGAAAUGAAAAUGAUGUUAUGGGAUGAAGAGUUGGCCAAAAAAGCGGAGAAAUGGGCAAUCAAAGACCACAAUUACCAUAACCCGGACAAGACUUUACCUUCUGGCAGAUUUCUGACGGGUGAAAAUUUGUAUUGGUACUCAACAACCAAUCACAAAUACAACUUGGACCUUGAAAAGGGUCUGGAUUCCUGGUUUUCCGAACACGUCAACUUCACCUUCGGUCCUUUAACAAACGCUAUGUUCGAUCAGAACAAACCUCAUGAUAUUGGACAUUACACUCAGAUGGUGUGGGCAGAUAGCAGUUACCUAGGCUGUGCUAUGACACAAUCGUUCAAAGACGAAUGGAACAAAUUCUACGUCGUGUGUAACUACGGGCCGACAGGGAAUUAUAUACGCGAAAAACCGUACCGAGUGAGUGGAGGCCCUAGUAAAAAAUUAAUAUGUGGCACUAAAGACUGUUCCAGACCGUAUGGACCGAAGUGUAAAAAAUAA